UAUAAUGAAUUCAUUUAUUUCCUUAAAAAUGUUAAAUAAAAUGUUUCCUUAUUGCAAAGAAAAGUCCUUAUGAGGAAGAUCAAUAACAUGUGCUAAAGUCCUUCCAUUUCUCGGCUGUAUUAUCACAGCGCCGCAGUGUGUUGUUUGUCGCACUCUCCGCCCGCCUCUUGUCCUGCAGGUCGUGGCUCCUCCUCCAUGCGUCUGACGUAACCCACGAAACCACGCCCCUGGCUUGUCUCUCGCGCAGCUACGUCUGACCGUAAAAAAUAGAAACUUCCAAGAUGGCCGAGUCCGUAGACUCCAUGCAUUUCGCAGCGAACAGCAAAACAAAUUCCCCUAAACCCCUGAUAGCCAAACGGCCGCCCGAAAGCCGUCCGCAGUCUUCCAGCGACAUUUUCCCGCCGCCCCCAAAGAAGAUCCGCGUGGAGGAGAAAGGCCUGAAGCACAAGAAACUCAACGGAGACGUCUGCGCAGGGGAAAAACACAACGGGAAGCAGAGUUGUGGAAGCCCAGCGAAAUGGAGUUUCGGCCCGGCCAAGACCAGCCACUCCACCGCGGCGGGGAUGCCAGUUACCCCCGUCCGGAAAAUCUUCAAAAUCAGCAACUUCCUCGCCUCGCCACUGAAAGUGAAAAAGGCUAAAGAGAAGCGGCUAAAAGAGAAGGAUAAAGGCGACGACGCUCCGCGGAGCUCCGCAGCUGCCGUAGAGAAAGUGAGCCCCGCUAGCUGCCAUACAAAGACGGAGAACGGCGACGUUAAAAUGAGAGAUCAUCAUGUGAAGGAGAAAGACAGACAGAGGAAGAAGGACAAGAAGAAAGAAUGGAAAAACAACAGCUUGCCACCUGUGCACGACAUUACCAGGGAAAAUGGAGAUGUGAUUUUUCCUCAAAAAGAUAAGGAGAAACUCAAAGCUGUUUCAGAGGAAGAUUUGCUGCUGAAGAAACUCAAGAAGAAGAAGAAAAAGAAACACAAAGACGGCGAGCGAUUAAAGGAGCGCCACAGCCGGCCCAAAAUGUAUCACCGCUCGUGCCAGACUGUGUGUUCGGGGGUGUCCCUGGGCUUGCCGGAGUUAUUUAGCCGCAUCAACGGGAACAACAGCGGUAGUCUAAUCGGCAGCAGCGCCGUGUCGCAUCAACACCUGCAGGAUCCUGCUGUUACUGCCUCUACCUCCAGCUCCAUCCACUCCAUGGUUCGGGACCGGCUGGAGUACAGCUCCCCGCUCAACUGCACCCCAACGCCGGGCCUGCCCGAGCUGGAGUUUGGCCGUCUGAUCCACGUUGAGCAGCAGGCUAACGGAGGGGCGUCCGUGGCGCACGCCUACUACGACCAGCUCGCCAGCUUGUCUCCAUCUGAGGUGGAGCGCUUCGCUGAGGAGUUUGUUAGCUUGUCGUUCAGCGAGGACGAGUCCCAGGCGGCGUGCUUUGUGAUGGGAAUCAUCCACGGAGCAGCGUCCUACCUUCCAGACUUCCUGGAUUACUUCUCCUACAAGUUCCCCAACUCCCCAGUGAAGAUGGAAGUGCUUGGAAAGAAGGACAUAGAAACGACGACCAUGGCCAACUUUCACUCUCAGGUCAAGAGGACAUACUCCCAGGGAACAUACCGGGCAGGGGCGAUGCGGCAGGUCAGCCUGGUUGGAGCUGUGGACGAAGAAGUUGGAGACUACUUCCCCGAGUUCAUCAGCAUGCUGGAGGAUUCUCCAUUCCUUGAGCGGACUCUGCCCUGGGGAACGUUCUCCAGCCUGAGGCUGCAGAGCCCCACAGAGAGUGACGACGGGCCCAUCAUGUGGGUCAGACCGGGGGAGCAGAUGAUUCCCAUGGCGGACAUGCCAAAAUCCCCCUUCAAAAGGAAAAGGUCUACCAAUGAGAUCAAGAACCUGCAGUAUCUGCCCCGAGCCAGUGAGCCCAGAGAAAUGCUGUUUGAGGACCGCACCAGAGCUCACGCCGACCACAUCGGUCAGGGCUUCGAAAGACAAACUACUGCUGCUGUAGGUGUGCUGAAGGCCGUGCGCUGCGGAGAAGAUGACACCCCCGCCCGGAUCACCAAAGAUGUGGUGUGUUUUCACGCUGGAGAUUUCCCAGAUGUGGUCAUGCGGCUGCAGCUGGACCUCCAUGAGCCCCCGCUGUCUCAGUGUGUUCAGUGGAUAGAUGAUGCCAAACUUAACCAGCUGAGGAGGGAAGGCAUCCGAUACGCCCGCAUCCAGCUGUACCACGACGACAUCUACUUCAUCCCCAGAGGAGUGGUCCACCAGUUCAAGACGGUGUCCGCCGUCUGCAGUCUGGCCUGGCACAUCCGACUCAAACUCUAUCACCAGCACGAGAGCAAGGAGGAGGAGGAAAAAGCCCAGAGGGAGGGGGGCAAGACCUCACCGGGAGUUUUAAUGCGCAAUAUCAAAGAAGAGGAAGAUGAGGAUGAAGAGAGGGAGAGGUGUGACCUCGCUGUGCAGACGGUGAUGAAGCUUAAGGAGGAGGACAUGGAGGAAAAGGAGGAGCUGCCCUUAAAGAAUCUGACACAGACUUUUAAGGAGGAAGAGCUGGAAGACAGAAUUGAGAGUGAGGAGUUGUCGGCAGCACAGCCUCCGCCUUCAGUUAGCAAUGAAAGAUGUGAGGUUCACAAUUCCACUCCGACAGAGUGCAAAGUUGAGGAAAAUGAGAAAGAAGACGGUAAAGGGGGUGUAGACGCAUAUCAAAGGCCACAGAAGGUCCCUGAAGGCAGCACAGAGGACGGCCCUGCGUUCAAGUCUUUGCCGUUUGUUAGGAAGGAAAGUGACGUGGACGAAGAGAAGCCGCAGAAGACCCCUCUGCCAGGUCACGGUCUAAAAGAGAAAGCUAAAGAUAGUUCAACAAGCUCUUCCAACACGCCGCAUAUCAAAAAAGAAAAGGACAAAAGCAAAAGAGACAGAGAUGAAAAAAUCAGGACAAAGGAGAAGAAGGACAAAGACAGGUGUAAGGACAGGGACAAACGAGACCGGGCCAGAGACAGGGAAAAGGACCGAGCACGGGAGAAGAUUAAAGCAGAGGGAGGGAAAGAAGACGGCACACUCGUGCCCCAGCAGACGAAGAAAAAGGAGGACGAAGAGAGAACGAGAGAGAAGGCCGUCCCGCCUGCACAGAAAGAGGACAAGUGGGACUCAAAAACGCAGCCACACCCCAAGAAAGAGAAGGACCUCGACCGGGGAGGCCCACAGCCUCAUUCACGCCUCGACAAAGAGGAGGCGCUCGACGCCUGCACACACAAGCACAAGUCUUUUCACGGGAAGAAGGAGAAGAGUGGCCACAGGGAGGGCAAGGAAAGCAAGCCAGCAAGAGAGGACGGGAAGACACACAAACCUGCAAACCUUCCGCUUAAGAAAGAAGUAAAAAAGGACUUUAACAGCAAAGAGAAGAAAGCCGGUGAACACAAACCCUCACGGACUUUUGUCACUUUUGACCUCUUUAAACCAAUGGACGCUUUGGCCCUUUCCUUAACGGACAGACCUAAACCUCACCAUCACAGUUUCUCCAAGCCUGGACCCGUUGUGACCUCUAAAGGACCAAAAGUAAAGGACUCGGUGCAGGGGAAACCCUCCACAGCGCUACAGGACUCAUUAAAGCCGCCCCAGAAAACUCACACACAGCCGACGCAGAAAGACUUCUUGAUAUGAAUGUUGUUUGUUUUUUUACUGUAUAACUUACUCCAGGGCUUUGUUAAAACACUGAAGGUUCAUCCUUCUUUUAGACAUCAUCAGCCACAUGUUUGUGACGCAGAGAAACAAGGAUGUUCUGGAGAGUAUUUUAAUGGGGCCGAAGAAUGUAAGCCGAGUAGCUCACUUCACGUUUGUUAGCAGAUGUAUGUAGGCUUUAUAUGAACUGUCAUGUGACCCGUGUGUCAGUGCCUGUGCACUACUUAGCUUUGCUUCUAAAGCACCUAAUUUAGGUACUGGACUAACCAAUCUGAAAACAACCAUCCUGGCUCCUCAGCAUCAGAACGAACCACUUUUAAAACAACUCGAUGCUCUUCAGAGCUGAAAUCCGGAUCUUCCCGGUUUGGGCCGAUGGGAUCUGCUGCGUGGAACACUCCCAAAUCUGAGCAAAGUACUUGUUUUCAGACUGGACUGUUUGACUCACACAGGGCUGUAAAUGAUACUGUAUGUACCAAAACUGUACAGUAUAGAUGUUAUUAGCACCAAUGUGAGAAAAUGUAUACAGAAAUUGCAUAUAUUUUUUGUAAGACGAGUUUUAUUUUCCAUAGAACUUAUUUAUAUCAUUUAUUGUCUGUUUUUAUUUGGAUGUAUGUGAAACUUUUUGUUGUAAAUACAUUUUAUUUCCUAAGAUUAAGACUUGGUAGUGUGAUUUAUACUCUGAUCAGAACCUCUCAAUAAAUGGUUCAACAUGUUGAA